AUGCCCCCAGAAGUACCGCAUUACCGUUCUCUUGCCACUCCUCUUGUGAAGUCCUCACCUCCGAUCUCACCUGAAUCACAAUUCAAUAUACCCGUUGGCCGCAAAUAUUUCAAAGGAAGUAAGAGUAUGGCAAUUCCAGGAAGAAAACUUAUACCUUCUGUUGUCUUCAUCUUGGUAUGCAUCUCCAUCCUCCGACUUCUUAGAAUUGCUAUCACCACCUCACCUUCCGCCCCUUUGCCUCCUACUCUACAACACACAUGUUCUACUCCUUCUCCGGCCUGUGAGAAGGCUCCAUUUCAUACAACUAGCAACCAAACAAGACAACAGAAAAUCGCUGCCGAUGAACGUAGUCUCACAAAAAAGGAAUUUAAACUUCUAUCUGAUCUCAUUAAACGCAAAGCCCCCUGCAACCUCCUUGUUUUUGGAGCAGAGCCCCAGUACCUGAGAUUGUCCUCCAUCAACUCAGGUGGCACCACAAUCUUUCUAGAGGAUGAUCCUGACAAAAUAAGCGCUGCUAGAGCAAAAACCAACAACACUCAAAUCCACAAGAUUGAAUACCAUACACCUGCAAAGAAGGCUUACAAGCUGCUUGAGCAUGCAAGGAAAAGUCCAGCUUGUGCACCAAACCCAGAAAUGCUUCAGAAUUCAUCUUGCAAACUUGCAUUGAAAAACCUGCCACGUGUAAUAUAUGAGCUUCAAUGGAAUGUGGUGGUGGUGGAUGGACCAAGUGGUCACUCACCAGAGGCAACAGGCAGAAUGGGGGCAAUCUACACAGCUAGUAUGAUAGCAAGAGCUGGGAACACAACAGAUGUACUGGUACAUGAUGUUGAUCGGACAAUUGAGAAGUGGUUUUCCUGGGAGUUUCUGUGUGAUGAGAACUUGGUUGCUUCAAAGGGGAAACUCUGGAAUUUUAGGAUCUCAGGUAAAUCAAAUUCUUCAGAUUUUUGCUCAGACCACAUGGUUGCGAUUGAGUGA